AUGGCAGAUGUUUGGAAGUCGCAAGGACGCAAAUUUUGCGAAAUUUGCAAGGUCUGGUUUGGUGAUAAUCGCGCUUCUAUCGAAUUCCAUGAACGAGGUAAGAAGCAUAAAGAUGCUUUGGCUGCUAAAAUCCGUGAGUUGGGGAAGAAGAGUCGCGAAGAAGCAAAAGCGAGACACCAAAUGAACACCGCUUUGGCUGCAAUGGAAGCAGCGGCCAUGAAAUCUAUGCGCGAACAUGGUGAGGGAAUCCCAAAUGGUCCUGCUUUGCCCGCGACUGGACUUGCAUCUAAGAUCUUCGAUCCUCGUCAGUUCAAAGAUGUUAAUACUAUGGCGCGCGAAAUGGCUAUGAGGAAAAAUGAGAUGAGAGAGAUGAAAAGGAGCGCUCCGCCACCCAGUAUUCCGAUGCCAGCCAAGUAUUUUCGUAGAGAGCCGUCCUACAGAGUGGAUUAUCCAGAUCUUAGUAUUCCUGAGCCUAAAAUGAAGGUAGAUGCUGCCCCAUCUUGUUCGGAAACAUUUUGGGUUGAAGCUGACUCCGGUGAUGGUAGUGGAUCUAAAUACUACUUCCACAUGUAUACUGGAGAAUCUACUUGGGAAAGACCUGAGUCUUUCUACACUUGGGAGAACUACCAAAGCCGUUUCGUAACUUCAGUUCAGACCACUUCGAAAGAGGUUGAAGCAACUGCGGGUGAAUUGGCUGCAAAUACCUCCAAAGAUAUUGUGACAGAGACAAAGCCGCCUACUGUUAAAAAUGAGCCCCAGGAAUCCGAUGAUGCUCCUCUUCACACCGGAGACAUCCCCCUUCCCGUUGCUGGUGAGUCUGAUGCAGGAGCCAGCGUCACUUUAAAAGCGGAACCUGUCAGUGAACUUGCAACAGAAGAGACUCAAUCUCUGGUUGAGGACCAGAGUGCGCCCAAUAAUGCCGCCUCUGCAAGCCGGGAACUUGUCCAAAAUCCUACGAAAGGAGACAACAGGGAGAGGGAAGCAGAAAAGCCAUUUGGGCCAUUUGGGGGUUGGACUAGAGUGGAAAAGACUGAUAAGCAAACUGCAUUCUCGCCAUUGACGGCUAAAUAUCGUGCUGAAGAGGAACGGCAGCGAAAGGAGGCGGAAGCAAAAGAAAAACUUGCAGAAAAAGCAGAGCCAAAGGUGGAAUUUACCGAGAAGACAAGCGCCAAUCUGACGAAGAAGGUUAAAGGUCCGAUCGAGUUCAAAAAGAGAUCGGCUACUAAACACGUCAGGCAAAGGACACAAUAAUA